AGCCCCGCCCCGACCCCUCCCGGCCCCUGGGGUCCUCCCAGCCUCCCGCUCCCCGCCCCUCCGGACUGGUUAGGCUGGGCUGCAGAACAACGACAACCAGUGCAGGACAACCACCGCAGGACCGGGACAGAAGGGAGUCAGGGAGGCCCCACCGGAGGCCCAGGCGGAGCUGGCGGGAGCUGGACGUGCAGGCCUCUGUGGCUCCUUUGCAGCUCCCGCAGCAUCCCUCCCCUGGGCCGGGUCAUGCACUGCCCCAAGUGCCUUCUCUGCCUGUCAGCGCUGCUCACACUCCUGGGCCUCAAAGUGUACAUCGAGUGGACAUCCGAGGCUUGGCUUGGCAAGGCCUACCCAGGGCCCCCAGGCACCCUGCCAGGCCCCACACCAGCCAGCCCUGAGCCCACCCUGCCAGCUAACCUCUCAGCCCGCCUGGGCCAGACUGUCCCACUGCCCUCUGCUUACUGGAACCAGCAGCAGUGGCGGCUGGGGGCCCUGCCCAGUGGGGACAGCUCUGAGGCAGGGGACUGCCGGGCUUGGGGGAAUGCUGCCGCCACUGAAAUCCCGGACUUCGCCACCUACCCUGAGGACCUCCGCCGCUUCGUGCUGUCGGCAGCCUGCCGGAGCUUCCCACAGUGGCUGCCUGGAAGUGGCAGUGGCCAAGUGGCCAGCUGCACAGAUACCGACGCCCCCUACCUGCUGUUGGCUGUCAAGUCAGAACCAGGGCGCUUUGCGGAACGACAGGCCGUGAGGGAGACAUGGGGCGGUCCGGCUCCAGGAAUCCGGCUGCUCUUCCUAUUGGGGUCCCCAGUGGGGGAAGGAGGACCUGACCUAAGCUCCCUGGUGGCCUGGGAGAGCCGCCGCCACAACGACCUGCUGCUCUGGGACUUCUUCGACGUCCCCUUCAACCGGACGCUCAAGGACCUGCAGCUGCUGGCCUGGCUGGGCCGCCACUGCCCGGGUGUGAACUUUGUCCUGCUGGCUCAGGAUGAUGCCUUCGUGCGCACCCAUGCCCUGUUGGACCACCUUCAGGCCCUGCCACCCAGCUGGGCCCGAGGCCUCUACCUGGGUGAGGUCUUUACUGAAGCCAAGCCCCUCCGGAAGCAUGGAGGACCUUUCUACGUGCCUGGGUCCUUCUAUGAAGGUGGCUACCCAGCCUAUGCAAGCGGGGGUGGCUACAUUAUUGCAGGGCCUCUAGCACCCUGGCUGCUGCGGGCAGCAGCCCGUGUGGCACCCUUCCCCUUUGAUGACGUCUACACCGGUCUGUGUGUCCGUGCCCUGGGCCUGGAGCCCAGAGCCCACAAAGGCUUCUUCACAUCCUGGCCAGCAGACCACACCGCUGACCCCUGCACCCUCCAGGACCUGCUGCUGGUGCGGCCCCUCAGCCCCCAGGACAGCAUUCGGCUCUGGAAACACUUGCGGGACCCUCAGCCCCAGUGCUGAGCCUCAGUGCAGAAUGUCGGGGGGAGAGCAGGCCUAGUCUGGGCCUCAGUGCCUGCCCCUCACCAGCCUCUCCUUCUAGGCCUUGGUGUGAGGGAGGAGGUCCUAGAGUUGUGGCUGCCUGCGCCCCUCCUGCGCCCUCCCAGGCCAAGGGACUGGGCAGCAGGAGGCAGCAGACUAUUCUUCUCUACUUCUUGUUUUUGAAAAAUAUGCAUUCCCCACUUUGA